CAGCCAACUUGCAAGCUAUAUAAAUUUCAGCGCAUUUUCCUCCCUCUCUUACACCAUUCUCAACUACAUUGUUUUGUUCCACCAUCUAUUCUCUCUCUUGCGCUCGGUUUCGAUUUGGGGAUUUUGCUGCAUACACUCCUCACUUCAGUAUUCUGAUGGGUAGCAUUAGCCACAACCAAGUCACGGUCUCCAUAUGCUUCAAAAUUAUACUUUAUGUGCUCGCCUUCAUCGUAUCUCAAGUCGACGCUCAAAAUGCUGCCCAAGAACUAAAUAUCACGUUCAUAGCAGAUGCCAUAACAAAAGGGGCCGGUAAAAUCUGCUUGGAUGGAACCCCUGGAGCCUACUAUUUUGCUAAGGGAUUCGGAGAUGGAAUCAACAGUUGGAUGGUUUAUCUACCUGGAGGAGGAUGGUGUUCUUCAAAGGAAGACUGUCUCAAAAGAAGCCACGACGAUGCUUUAGGAUCCAACAAAAAUGCUCCUCCUAAAGCUUUGCGUGCUUUCCAAAGUCAAAACAAAAACAUAAAUCCAGAUUUUUAUAACUGGAAUAUGGUUGAGAUCCGGUACUGUGACGGUGCAUCAUUUAUGGCAGAUGUUGAAGCCGUCAAUCCGGAAACAAAACUCUAUCAAAGAGGCCGGAGAAUCUUCUCUUUUAUAAUUGAAGAGCUCAUGAGUACUCAAGGAAUGAGCAAUGCUGAAAAUGCUUUACUCGUAGGAACCUCGGCUGGUGGGUUGGCCACGAUCCUGAAUUGUGAUCGUUUCCAUUCUUAUCUCCCAAGUGCUUGUCGUGUAAAAUGCAUUUCAGAUUCUGGGUUCUUCAUACGAGCGGAACAUCUCCGUGGAGCUCAGGACAAUAUCAUAUACAAAUUUUGCAACACAGUUUUAUUUCAUGAAUUAGCAGAAUUUCUGCCGAAGUCAUGCACACAGAGACAUGCUCCAGAAUUGUGUUUUCUCCCAGAAAAUGUGGUAAAUGAUAUUCGGACGCCACUGUUUCUGUUAAACUCUGAUUUUGACCGAUAUCAAUUAGGGGUGCAUGUAUUACCAAAUUCGUCUAUUGAAGUAGGCUGGAGAGAUUGCUUGAAAAAUGAUAGCAGUCUCCCAGGUUGCACGAAAAAUAACAUUCUUCCAUGUUGCAUGGACAAUCAACUACAACUCAUAAUGGAUUUUCAGACUACAUUUCUGAAAACAUUGGAGAAACUAGAUGAUAAUCCAUCAAGAGGAUUAUUCAUCACUUCGUGCUAUGACCAUGAUUUUAUUUACAAAUCAUCCAAUUGGCAGGGAAUACCCACUUUGCAAAAUAAGGCAAGUUUUAUGAGUUUAUUUGCAUAUAUGUCUCGAAUAGUGGACUCGCAUUUUGAUCUAUACCACGAUUUAAAUUAUUCAUUUUUUAUGAUAAUUUUUGCUUUUGAUUACAGACAAUUCAACAAGCCUUGGGUGAUUGGUAUUUCGAAAGGAGUAGUGUUCAAUUCAUAGACUGUCAAAAUAUAUAUCCAAUUAAUUGCACUGUAACAGUUUGAAUCCAUUAAGUCUAUAUAAUUUUUAAUUUAGUAUAUUUAAUUUUAAGUAUAUUUAAUUUUAGGUAUAUUUAAAUAUUUAAGGAAAACAUUUCUCUUUGUAAGGCCAUCCACUUGAGUAGUGAAACUUCUAUAUUUGAACAACAAGAAGACAAUGAGGUAGAAGAAGAGGUAGAAAAGGAAGAACAUUUGAGGACUUCUGAGUUCAACCUGAGGCAUCCACACCACAUCAUCCAAACCAAGAGGUCAAAGUUCAUUUCCCUUUGAUGUUUCAAAAGAAGAAAGUGGAUUAACAAUUCUCGAGAUUCUUUGACAUAAAAAAAGGUGCAUCUCAGCAUACCUCUCGUUGAAGCUCUUCGACAAAUGCCGAUGCACCUCAAAUUCUUGAAGGAGGUUGUAUCCAAGAGAAAAGGCUAUAAGCUCCUCCUUCGUUUUUCUUCGUUAGUUCUUUCUUCGGUCGAAUUGCAGAGGAUUUAGAUUUUUUAUUUAAUAGGAGAUUUGUUUAGCUAAAAAAGUUUCACUUGGUUCACAUUAGUCAUAAGACUCAUAACAGAAUAGAUGCAUUAAUUUAGAUUUUGUAUUUAAUAGGAGAUUUGUUUUUUAAAUAAAUUUUACUUGGUUGUCA